AUGCUAGACUUGGCGAGUAGGUCGAACUUUUACUUUGAAGGUACGAAGCGGACCCCAGAGGAAAGGAAAACAUCAGAGACGGGCAGCCGGGGUCUGUCCCUGUUCUACGCUGAGGUCCGCCGGGACCCCCAGGGCCGGCUGGAGGGCAUCGAGGUCCAGCGGCUGAAGGACAAACUGGGGACCCGCCAGAUGCCCACCGGAGCUGCUGCUGGACGGCCUGCCAGCGCACCGGACAAGGGCAUGCAGGUGGAGGUGCGGGUGAACAUGGAGUGGUUCACGGGGAAGGUGGUGGCAGUGGAGGUGAACAAGAAGAGCGUCCGCUGGAAGGUCAAGUUCGACUACGUCCCGAGAUCCACGCCCAAAGACCGCUGGGUGUUUAAGGGGGGGGAGGACGUGCGGUUAAUGCGGCCGGCGUCGCCCGUCUCCCAGACGCCCGACACCCAGCAGGAGGCGGAGAAGGGCCCCGCCCGCAUGGAGCCCGACACCACCCAGCCGGGGACCAGCCGCGAGGUCACCGGCAGCAUGGUCUCCAUGAUGAGGACUUCUUCCCUCCUGAUUUCCGGAUCCCUAAGGACGAUGUGAACGGUAUGACGGCGGAGGAGCUGGUGGCGUUCCCUCUGGACAUCGACAUCAACACAGACGAUGAGCUGGACGCCUACAUAGAGGACCUGCUCAACAGGGGAGACUGAGACCGCCGCCCCCUAAAGACUCUAGCUUUGGUUCUCCUGAGGGCCCUCAGCCCCCCAGAGAGGGGCCCUCACCCCCACCAGAGAGGGGCCCUCAGCCCCCCAGAGAGGGGCCCUCA